AUGGAUCUGAAGGUCGUUUUCCUUCGUUUGUUGCAUUCGCUGGCUUUGAUUUUCUAUGCAUGUGUUACCUGGCUGUUUGCUGGGUUUUUUGACAUCAAACAUACCUUCAAUCGCCAUUGGAAUGGUGGUCUGAAUUUCACAUCCUCUCCUUUUCUGCACGUCGAUAAGCCUGUUCAAGAUUUGGAUCACAUUGCAUUUGUGAUUUACGAAGACGAUUUAUCCAUUCCUACUUUGUGCCAAUUAAUUCUUAUCUGUGUAAAUCUUCAGAUCGGGGAUGUCUCAAUUACUGCUAAAGCUCGUAAGUCGCUUGUGCAAUGGCCAAGUCAUAAAUGUAUGAACCCCUCACACCUAUUCAACGUUCUUCAUACUUAUUCGAGAAUUACGAAGCGGUGUGGUCGGUAG